CUGGUGUAGUGUUGUUGGGUCUGCGAGUGUAAACUGUACCCGAGUAGCGGAGGUACCACAUCAAAGCAGUGCACAGCGGAUCCUUCUACGGUGAAAAGUUCUUCCAACAGCUCACUGAAGUGCCUGCUACUCUCUUCUGUUGUCAUGGCCUCCACACCUCCUCCUCUCAUGAAGAAACACAGUCAGACUGAUCUUGUGAGUCGCCUCAAGUCCCGCAAGGUCCUGGGUGUCGGCGGUGAGGAUGAUGAUGGGGAGGUGCACAGAUCGAAGAUCAGUCAGAUGUUGGGUAAUGAGACGAAGUUUGCAGGACGUGAGCCCAUUGGCCUCCGAUUUUGGCUCCUCAUCUCUGCUGUGCUGUUUACAUCCACAUCUUUAAUGGCCCUGGCCUUCCCCAACCAACUCUAUGAGAUCAUAUUUGAGCUCACCACCACCAGGAUCUCUAUCAGACUCUAUGGAGGAGCUCUUCUGUGUAUCUCAUUAAUCCUGUGGAAUGGCUUGUACACAGCAGAAAAGGUCAUAAUUCAGUGGACACUCCUCACAGAAGCAUGUUACUUCGGGGUACAAUUUCUUGUCACAUCCAUCACCCUCCUGGAGAUGGGCACUCUUUCCAACAGUGCAAUUGUUCUUCUUUUUGGUGAAAUUUUCUUCCUUCUCGUGACCUUGAGUUACUAUCAUCACCUCGGCCGUCGCACCAAAAAGAUCUGAGGGAGGCUGAUUACUCUGUUUUCAGUUUUCAGAAGGAAUCUUAUGUUAGAACGGUGGGUUGGCACCACAGAGGUCUCUGAAUACAGUAGCUCCACUGCCAGGACCAAAUGAAUUUAUACGUCACUGAGAAUCACUCUUUCUUUCUGGACCUUAUGUAAGUACCAUGUUAGUGUAUUUAUUCUCAUCGGAUGUGGAAGGACUCAGGUCUUGACCAUUGUUUUUAGAUGUUACAUUGAGCUCACCAAAGUGGCAAAUUAACUGAAAAAUGUUGUCUGUUUGUAAAAGCUUUUCGGAAAAUGUGUAGUGGGAUAAGAAAUGGAACAUUCGUGUAUGUCAGAAAAAUGCGUCUCCCAGAUCUAUCUAAUUGGAAAGGUGACAGUUUGGGUCAUUUUUAGUUUAGUGAACUUCCAGUAUGUGAUGUUAUAAUCUGUUAUGAAUAUAUCUGUUUUAGCAUCCACACAGUUGAUACGGCACUCUAUUAUACAACAACGUACAGAAACCAAUAAUGCUAAACUAUAGGAUUUUUUUGUUGCUGAGCUCACCAUUGUUGCUUUCUUCUCUGAAUGUUGAUUUGGCCAUUCUUAAUGAUUCUGGGAUGGAUUUUUUGUGUUUUUGAUAUCUAACUAUGGUCGGUUUCACUUGCAUGGAGAUCUCAGUGAACCGCAUGAUGUGGGUUCACAGCAACAGCUUCCAAAUGCAAACACCACACGUAGAAUCAAUUCCAGACCUUUGACAUGCUUAAUUUAUGAAGAAAUUAUUUAACGAAAAGCCCAUACCGUGAAUAAAACAGCUUUUGAUUCGACUGUCCAAUUACCUUUGGUCCCUUGAAAAAAAGGGGGGGGGGUCGACUACAUAUUAAAGAGCUUUAAUUCCUAAACCGUUCAGCUAAUCUGGAUGGGAAUACACUCUAAAUAAAGCGGAGAGUGUGCACUUUAAGACAAUAUCUAUAACUGUAAUUUGAACACAUUUUGGUACACAGCUAAAAUAACAAAAAAAUUUGCCUCUGUCCAAAUGUUUAUGGACCUAACUGUAUAUACAAAAAAAAGGAAUAUACCAAAAAUCCAUUUAAAUUGGGAAAUUAAAUUAGAACCAAAAAUAGUUGAAGACAUUUACAUUGUGUUUUAAACAUUUAUAAAGCAUUUAUAUUGUAAGUUCAUGCCAAAGUGGUAAAUAUGACAUAAGAUUUUGCAAAUACGUUGCUUCAUUAGAAGUUAGGACCCCCAGUUGUGACAUGGUAAGGAUGUAGUAUUAAAUGGUAUUUUAAAGGUUUUAUCUUUAACUAGAUAAAUGCAGUGGAUUACUUCAGUCAUCUCUUCUUUAAUAACAGAUUAAAACACAUACAUUACAGAGAAAUGUUAAACAGGCAACAGACAUCUCGCCUUCAGUUCAGUCAGACCAAGUUAAUAUUUUGUGUGUUUUCAUGAUAAUUCAUAUGCAUGUUAAUAACAAUUUUGUUAUCUCACAGUUAGCUUAUUUAUUAAAGCAAUAGUUCACUUAAAAUUAAUAUUCUGUUGUCAUUUACUCACCCUCAUGUCAUUCUUAACCUUUGUGUUAUUUAAAUAAAAAAUGACCCAUAAAAAGCAUCACAAAAGUAGUCAAUUUGACCUGUGCACGAUAUUAUUUGUCUUCUGAAGCUAUAUGAUUGCAUUGCGUGAUGAACAGACUGUUAAAUACAUUCUCUGAAAUCAAAAGCCAUGAAAUGUGACCGUAUUUUCAUUUUUGGGAGAGAUUUUCAUUUUAGAGCUAUCAUUAUGCACAACAAUCAACUACAUUUUAAUAUGUAUUCUGUAUGUAGUAGGAUGUAGAGUGUGCCUAUAGUAAUUCUUGCAUGAUGUCAUAAUGCAAAUGGACAGUAGCUCUAAAAUGUAGCAAUUUUUUAAUCAUAUUAAAUGUCCUGGAUUGAGAUGGUCAGUGAAGGGAAAUUCUGUUCAAGUGUUAAUUUAAAAAGUGUUAAUUUAGCGUGUUAAAUAUCUAUUCACCUCUCUGAAAUAGCUGUCUGGUCACAUUUUGCAGCUCUUACAGGCAUGAUUAUGUCUGCAAUGCAACAUAUGGGCCAACAUCUGCUAGUGAUAUAUAUGCUAAAAUAAGUGUUAAAAAUGGUUUCUAUUAUAUUAUAUUUUACUAUUUUUAUUAUAUUAUUUACAAUUGAAUGUUCUGGUGUCGUUACUUAUAGUCUGCUUCUAUAUAAGACCUAUCAUUUGAAAUGUUUGAGAUAUCACCAUGGGUGAAGUUUGACGUAAAUGCUACAAAUGAUGUCAAAAUAUGAAAAACUUCUAUCAAAAAACCUCCCACUAAAGCACAGAUAGCUUCAUGCCAUUAGGUAUUAUGAAAGGACACUAAAAGUAUGCGUUGGAAAUGCGUUGUUUGUUUAGGGGUGGUCUCAUUUACCCUUUUUUUCAUUGGAUAUUAACCUGCAGUGCAUAAGAAAGAAACUGUUGUUUAUUUAUAAUGCAUAUGUUCGUUUUGUAUGUACACAAGCUGUUUAGUGGCACUCAGUUUAUUAUCAAGACAAUGGAGUAUAUGAUUUAAUCGUACAGUUAGGUCACCUUUUGCUUGUAAAUAUUUGAAGGAUUUGAGAAUGUGUUUAACAACUGUAAAUAAGGAACUUUACUUUUUUAUUUUUUUGUUCCGUUAAAUUGUUUGUUUCGGAGAAAGAUUAUUGUAAUGGCAGUUGCAGAAUUCCAGUUAAUGUUUUUUUAUUGUUUUAGAAAACUCUAGGCCUAUGUUGACUUUUUAAAGAGAAACGGUGAUUGUGCUUAAUGAAUAAAGUUUUUCAA